UGGGUGCUGAUGCUGGUGGACAUGCUGAUGCUGCUCUGUGGGGAGGCAAUGGCGCCCCUCCUCGGCCGCCUCUACUACAACUCCGGGGGCAACAGCACGUGGAUGGCCACGCUCGCGCAGUCGGCCGGCUCUCCGCUGCUGCUCAUCCCGCUUCUCAUCCUCACGCCACGGCCUGCUGCCGGCGGGGAACACCGGCCUGCGGUGUCCAAGGCCAAGAUGGCGGCCAUCUGCGUCGGCCUCGGGCUCAUCAUCGGCUGCGACAACCUCAUGUACUCGUACGCCAUGCUGUACCUGCCCGUGUCCACCUUCUCGCUCGUGGCCGCGACGCAGCUCGCCUUCAACGCCGUCACCUCGCGCCUCAUCAACGCGCAGCGCUUCACGGCGCUCACCUUCAACUCCGUCGUCGUGCUCACCUUCUCCGCGGCGCUACUCGGCGUCGGCGCCUCCUCCGCCUCCGGCGACGACGACGGCACCUCCGGUAGCAGCAGCAGCAGCGGCGGCAGCAAGCGCGCGCUCGGCUUCGUCAUGACCCUGUCCGCGUCCGCCGUCUACGCGCUCAUCCUGUCCCUCUUCGAGGUCACCUUCGACAAGGUGGUCAGGACGAGGACGCUGUGGUGGGUUCUGACGAUGCAAGUCUACACGCACGCGGUGGCCUCGGUGGUGUCAGUGGCGGCGCUGUUCGUGUCGGGGGAGUGGAGCAAGAUCCCGGCAGAGGCGGCGGCGUUCAAGCAUGGGAGGGCGGCGUACGUGGCGACCUUGGUGGGCAUCGCGGUAGGGUGGCAGGCGGCAGCGCUGGGCGCGGUGCGGUUGGUCGCGAGGGUGUCGUCGCUGUUCGCGAACGUGGCGGGCACGGUGGCGCUGCCGCUGGUGCCUGUGUUCGCGGUGGCGAUGUUCGGGGACAGGAUGACGGGCAUCAAGGUGCUGGCGAUGCUCAUGGCGGUGUGGGGUUUCCUCUCCUAUGUGUACCAGCACUACCUCGACGAGCGGCACGCCGACGAGUGGAAGAGGAGAUCGCCGGCUGAUUGCCGCAUGUGCGCGGAGCGGGCGGACGAGAAACCAUGCCCAGCACCAGCAGGCAGUUGUGCCAGCUCCGGACUCCGACGUCUGAACAUUUGA